GCUGGGGCUGCUGGGAAAGACGCGGCGUGGUAUCGCGAGACGGGAGUGGGCGGGGCUAGAAUGUCCUAUAAAGUCUCUCCCCGAAGCACGUGACUUCUCUCCGCCAGACCGCCGCCGCGCCGCCAUCAUGGACACCAGUCGUGUGCAGCCUAUCAAGCUGGCCAGGGUCACCAAGGUCCUGGGCAGGACCGGCUCUCAGGGACAGUGCACGCAGGUGCGCGUGGAAUUCAUGGACGACACGAGCCGAUCCAUCAUCCGCAAUGUAAAAGGCCCCGUGCGCGAGGGCGACGUGCUCACCCUUUUGGAGUCAGAGCGAGAAGCCCGGAGGUUGCGCUGAGCUUGGCUGCUCGCUGGGUCUUGGAUGUUGGGUUCGACCACUUGGCCGAUGGGAAUGGUCUGUCACAAUCUGCUCCUUUUGUUUUUUUGCCCUCCACACGGAAUUGAGAUGCUCCUUUAAAUAAAGCGUUUGUGUUUCAAGUUAA